CCUCUUCUCCCGCAGGAUGUUCCUGGGCUUCCCCACCACCAAGACCUACUUCCCCCACUUCGAUCUGAGCCACGGCUCCGCACAGGUCCAGGGCCACGGGAAGAAAGUGGCCGAGGCGCUGACCACCGCCGUGGGCCACCUGGACGACCUGCCCGGCGCGCUGUCCGCGCUCAGCGACCUGCACGCGCACAAGCUGCGCGUGGACCCGGUCAACUUCAAGCUCCUGAGCCACUGCCUGCUCGUGACNCUCGCCCGGCACUACCCCGGGGACUUCAGCCCCGCCAUGCAGGCCGCGCUGGACAAGUUCCUGAGCCUGGUGACGGCGGCGCUGGUCUCCGAGUACCGCUGAGCCCAGGG